GUCUUGUCCAUCUGGAUUGGGCACCGUAUUUCGGAACUGCUCGCCCCUACGUCUCCAUCAAGGGUUUCCCUGGGGCCAGGGUUCAUGCUUCCAUUGCCUAAUGCCGCCUUCGUAUUUAGAGUCUGAGACCCCCGGCCCCGAGCCUGAUUUCUUUUUUGGAAGCCUCCGUCCCGUUUCCACAGCAAGGUCACUUACACUCUCCCACGACCAAGGAGCAGUGUCUUAGCUUGUCGACUCUCUGAACAAGCCAGUGUCCAUCGUCAUUGUCAACGCCACUCCUUCGCAAUGUCGGACCCUACUGUCGUCGUUCCGGAUCCUUACCUGGUCGUGCCCUACAAUGGCACGACCGGCGAGGCCGAUGCCGGCUACUCGAGCGAGAGUGCUGAUCUCAACAUCUUCUACCAGUCGGGCAACCUCGCCUGGAUCAUGACAUGCUCAGCGCUUGUGCUCCUCAUGAUUCCCGGAGUCGGCCUCUUCUACUCCGGCCUGGCCCGGCGCAAGUCGGCGCUUUCGCUCAUCAUGCUGUCGCUGCUGUCCAUCGCCAUCGUCGAUUUCCAGUGGUUCUUCUGGGGUUACAGCUUGGCCUUCUCGCACACUGGCAGCGUCUUCAUUGGUGACCUGUCCAACUUCGGCCUGAUGAAGACCCUCGCCCAGCCGUCGGUCGGUUCCACUGCAAUUCCGGACUUGAUGUUCUGCCUGUACCAGGGCAUGUUCGCCGCCAUCACUCCCGCUAUCGCUCUCGGUGGCGUGGUUGACCGCGCUCGCAUGCUGCCCAUGAUGGUCUUCAUUUUCAUCUGGACUACCAUUGUGUACGACCCGAUUGCCUACUGGACCUGGAACGCCAACGGUUGGGUCUUCCAGAUGGGUGGUCUCGACUAUGCUGGUGGUACCCCCGUCCACAUCUCGUCUGGUGCCGCCGCUCUUGCGCUGUCUCUCAUGCUCGGAAAGCGCACUGGCUACGCCAAGUCCGCCGGCCUCCCCUACCGCCCUCACAACGUCACCUAUGUCGUUCUCGGCACGGUCUUUCUGUGGGUUGGCUGGUUCGGCUUCAACGGUGGCUCGGCCCUGAGCAGCAACAUCCGCGCCAUCAUGUCGCUCAUCAACACCCACCUGGCUGCCUGCAUCGGCGGCCUGACCUGGACUCUGCUUGACUACCGCCUCGAGCGCAAGUGGUCCGUUGUCGGUUUCUGCUCCGGUGCCAUUGCUGGCCUUGUCGCCAUCACUCCCGGCGCCGGUUACGUUACCCCUUGGGCUUCUUUCGUCUUCGGUCUGGUCGGCGCCAUCGCUUGCAACUUUGCCACCAAGCUCAAGUUCCUGUUCGGCAUUGACGAGGCUCUUGAUGUCUUCGCCGUCCACGGCAUUGGCGGUAUCGUCGGCAACCUUCUCACUGGUCUCUUCGCUGCCGACUACAUUGUCACCCUCGACCCUUCUCUUGCCCCUGUCGGUGGCUGGGUCAACAACAACUACGUCCAGCUCGGUUACCAGCUCGCCGACUCCGUCUCUGGUUUCGCCUGGUCUUUUGUCCUCACCUGCCUCAUCCUGUUUGUGCUGAACCUCAUCCCUGGUCUCAGCCUCCGCGUCUCUCCCGAGGAUGAGGAGACUGGCCUCGACGACUGCCAGCUCGGCGAGUUCGCGUACGACUACGUCGAGAUCCAGCGCCACACCAGCGACAUUGUCGGCAACACCGCGCACGACAUUGUCACUCCCGGCCAGGCCACCAGCCCCGCCGGUGCCGCCGCCCGGUCGGUUGAUGAGAAGCAGACUUCGGCUGAGGCCGUCUAAAACAGCAAUGCCGUGCGAUGGUAGACUCGGAUCGGUUGGAUCGCGUGUAGGCUGGGUUUCGACCUGCUUGCGCUGGGGAAACAAAUGUUCCCUCGCUCUGACGCAAGGAUUUUGAGUCUUGCAUAACACCUAAGCUUGCUGCAAUAUCUCUCUCUCUCUGUACCCACGCUCGGCGCACGCUUGGAAACGAGCCUCACUCACACAAACUAAUCUGUACUCUGUUUCCAAUUAUACCCCGUGCUCAAACAUAUAUAACCUUUAUUAGUCAGACACCCAUACAUAGACAUCCGAAUAUCUGAACGAGAUUGUUCUGAA